GUGGCAUCAGGGUUUAAGUAGAUCUCGUUUUCAAGAUCAUUGUGCUAUUUCGCAAUUGAAGUCGCAAGGCAAGAAAAGACAACGGGCGCCAAGAAAAUUUGGAAAGAAAAAAUAAAAAAAAAUCUAAAAAAUCUCAGCUCAACAUGGCCACGGCAAUAGAAUUAUCCCCCCAUGAAAUUGAAGGACUGUGCCAACAAUAUUUUGGCCACCAGUCUGUGGCAGAAGCAACAACAACACCUAAUAAUAUACAGCUGAAUGUGAUACGCUACCAUUUGAAACCCAUUUCGGAUAGUCCUUCAGGAUUUCUGGGACAUCAUCGCUAUUUGGUGAUCGAUGUCCAGGUUGGCAGUAAAAGUGAAGAUGGCCGCGACUCCAUAGCCUUCAAUAGGAUACGUUUCUUCACUAAAGCCGCCCCCGUGGAGAUUGCCUCACGCAUGGACUAUCUGGAGGAGUUUGGAGUUUUCAAAAAGGAAAUCAUUGUCUAUCGCGAUGUACUGCCCCAGCUGCAGGAAAUAUUUCCCGGAGUCGCCCCAAAAUGCUAUUAUGCCGAUAACAAUCUUUUGGUUUUUGAAGAACUCCAACAAGGAGGCUAUCGAAUGGGUGCUGGCCGGGAUGGCCUACUGGACUAUGAACAUUUACAGUGUGCCGUCAAGACAUUGGCCACAAUGCAUGCCGCUUCGAUUGUUUUUGAGGUUAAGCAAGGGGUGAAGAUUAAUCAAAUAUUCCCGCCCGCCAUUGAGGAGAAUGCCUAUCCCAGUCAGCUGGAUGAGAAACAUGUUCGCUAUCAGAAUUUUGCCAAUGGAGUUGAGGUUUUUGGUGAACUGAUUAAGCAGAUGCCGAAAUAUGAGAAGCAGUUGGACUACAUUUUGUCGAAUUUGAAGACAAAAAUGUCAGUUAUAUUCCCCUUGGCACAAACUUCGAAGGACUAUUGCAAUGUUUUCUCCCAUGGAGAUUUAUGGGCCAAUAAUGUCAUGUUCCAGUAUGGUAAAUAUGGCGAUAGUCCAAUUCAAUGUCGUUUUGUGGACUUCCAGUUGGCCAGGUAUGCCCCACCGAUGUUGGAUCUAAUAACCCUCCUAACCAUACCCAGCUCAAGGGAAUUCCGUUCCAAAUAUCUAACGGAAUUGCUGCAGGAAUACUAUCGUUUUAUGGGAGAAUUUUUGAAACGUGAACAAUUGAAUAUUGAAGAUUUCCUCAGUACCCAGGAAUUUUGGAAAACCUUUGAGGAAUAUCGUAUUUGUGGCCUAAUUGAGAGUUGUUUGUUUUCUCAUUUGACAAUUUUACCACCAGAAUUGACGCAGUGCUUGACAGCCACCACGGAUGGUUUUAGUGAUUUCUUUGCCCGCAAGCGAGUGGAGAUCUGCCUCAAGGCCUUCAAUACCGAUGAAUUCUAUAGACAGAGGUUAACCGAUAUGUUGGAAGAUUUUGUGGAUAAUUAUAUUUUGAAGAAGACGGAGGAGGGUGGAAAAUGAAGGAAUUUUUAAAUUUGAAUGCCUCUAUCAUCCGAAAGGCUAUCAUCGUAAACAUAUAUACCAUAAAAAAUGGAAGGUAUUUACUGGUAGCAGGUUCUACUGUAUUUUAUAUUUUCAUAAAGAUAAAAUCUAUUUUAAGUGUAUGCGAACCCGUAUUUUUUAUCAUAUUUAUAGACCUAGGUAAACAGAGAAGUACGUCAAUGUUUUUGGAUUAAAAUAAAAGAUAUUCGUUAUUUUAUUUGAAGUUUUAGUACAAUUGCAAUUUAUACUACAAUAAAGUUAUAUAUAGUUUCUA